GCUUUGAUGCUGGCUUGUGAAGCUGGAGGCCUUAACAUUGUGGAAACCUUGAUUAGAAAGGGUGCUGACUUCAGCCUUGUAGAUGCCCUUGGACAUGAUGCCCUACAUUACUCGAAGCUCUCUGAGAACGCCGGGAUUCAGAGCCUCCUCCUGUCGAAGAUCUCUCCAGAUGCCGAUAUGAAGUCACCAACAAAGCCAAAGCAGCAUGACCAAGUCUCUAAAUUAAGUUCAGAAAGAAGUGGAACUCCAAAAAAACGCAAGGCCCCACCUCCUCCUAUCAGUCCUAUCCAGGAAGAGAUCAGCUCCAUUCAGCGAGAUAACAAGGAUAGACUGAGUGACAGCACUACAGGUGCUGAUAGCUUACUGGAUAUAAGUUCUGAAACUGACCAGCAAGAUCUGCUUGUAUUGUUGCAAGCAAAAAUUGCUUCUCUAACACUACACAAUAAGGAGUUACAAGACAAAUUACAGGAAAAAGCACCUAGAGAAGCAGAAAUGGAUUCCACCCUAGAUUCCUGUCAUUCCACCCAAACAGAAUUUGAUCAGUCAGUGGACAAACAAAGUCAAACCUCAGCUCAGGAGCUAAAAUCAUCCUCAUUAAAUCCAACACAAAUUCAAGAGAAGUCAACAAACAAUGAGGUAAAAAUUAGGCAUCUACAAGAAGAUUUAAAGGAUGUACAGAGGAAAUUAGAUAAUUCUGAAGCAAAAAGAAAGUACUUAGAGACCCAACUUCAGUCUAGAAUCCCAGAAACAAUUCAUUUAAACAGUGCAGAUAUUUCAGAGAACAGCUGUGAUCUUAGCCAGAAACUUAAAGAAACCCAAUGCCAGUAUGAAGAAGCUAUGAAAGAGGUCUUGAAUGUACAAAAGCAGAUGAAAUUGGGUCAUGUUGCUUCUGAAAACAAAGAUACUUAUGCAGAUGUCCAUGAACUGAGGGUUACAUAUGAGGAAAUUGAAGUGCUUAAGCAAGAACUCAAGAAAGCUUUAGAGGAAAGUGAAAGGCAUAAAGAGAAAGUGAGAGAGCUACAGGAAAAACUUGAAGAAAGAGAGCAGAAUGUUGCUAGCAGAAUGUCUGUGGAAGAAUGUGAGGAAAUAAAAAAUUCUUAUUGUUCAAUAAUUGAGAACAUUAACCAAGAGAAAGCUUUGUUAAUUGAGAGAUACAAAGAAGGGCAAGAAGAAAUCAAAAGACUACAAGACAAGUUAAAUCAGUUGCAGUUGGAAUCCAGUGAGGAACCUCAGGAGAUGAAAGAAGCAAGGAACAGAAUGAUAGAUGACCUACACAGACAAGUUAGUGAGCUGUCUCGGUUGUACAGAGAAGCACAAACAGAGCUUGAAGAUUACAGGAAGAGGAAAGCAUUAGAGGAUGUAGCUUUGGAAUACAUUCCUAGAGAUGAGCAUGAGAAACUGAUGCGGGUAACAAAUUCAUUGAAAGAUAAAGCUGAAGAUGCAUUAUCUGACAUGAAGUCCCAGUACACACAGGUAUUAAAUGAAGCAGCACAGCUCAAGCAACUGACAGAUAUUCAGAAACAAAACUCUGUACCAGUUGCUGAGCAUCUUGAGGUGGUAACUGCUCUCAGGUGUACGUCAAAGGAAAUGGAGGAAGAAAUAAAUGAACUUAGGGAAGAGCUUAUUAACAAGGAAACUGAGCUAAGAAGUCUGCAGAAGGAAUUGUUGGAGGAAAAAGCUGCAAUUAAUGAAGCAAUGGUGCCCAGAGCUUCAUAUGAAAAACUCCAGUCAUCGUUAGAAGGUGAAAUUAGUAUUUUGUCAUUCAAACUAAAGGAUUUAAUGAAAGAGAAAGAGAAUAUUUCCUUAGAUGCUGCACAAUUGAGAAAUGAAGUUUUGCAAUUAAAAGGGGAAAAAGAAGGUGCUCAAACUCUCCUUGAGGCCAAGGAGCAGGAAAUAAAUGGACUUUACCGUAAGUACCAUCAAGCUCAAGAAGAUCUUCUUGACAUGAAAAGACGUGCAGAAAACUCAUCAAAGCUGGAAGAAGAUAAAGAUAAAAAGAUCAAUGAGAUGUCCAAGGAAGUUAGCAAGUUAAAAGAAGCAUUGAACAGCCUUUCUCAGCUUUCCUACUCAACCAGUGCACCCAAAAGACAAAGCCAACAAUUGGAGGCAUUACAGCAACAAGUGAAACAGUUACAAAAUCAGUUGGCUGAAACAAAGAAACAGCACCAGGAGAUUGUAUCAGUUUACAGGAUGCAUCUUCUCUAUGCUGUGCAGGGUCAAAUGGAUGAAGAUGUCCAGAAAGUGCUUAAACAGAUUUUAACAAUGUGCAAAAGCCAAUCACAAAAAAAGUGAAACAAACUGUUUGUACUGAAUCCUGUUGUGUUGCCAUGGUGUUUAGCUAGGCUCACCUUAACACAAGAUUUUAAAUUGCCUACCUGCUGCUUUUUUUAGUGAGCUGGAUUUCUCUCUGCCAAUCUUCCUGUUCGAUCUAUGUACUAUGACCUAACGCAUCUGCACAUCUUCUCCUUUCCCACAAAGUUUUCAGAGUACUGUUUUCAUAUACAAAAUGUAAGUAUUUUUCAGAGCUGUUGUUACUUUGGCCACCCCAGAUGUAAAGUGUGGUCCACAGUGUUGUGUUGUGCUUCACAGCUUCCUUCUUCAAUAUGGAGAUGUUUUCAGGGAGGGCUACAGGUCCUAGCAUGCAACACUCCAUCUUGACACAAAUAGUCACACCUCCUGAGUAAAGGUGAAGUUCUCCAUUCUGAGUCCUGCUCCUAGAUAUUGAAAAGGAGAUGGAGCGAUCUAGUCUGCUCAGUGUUUUUGCCCUUAGGCUCCUAGCAUCUUGCCAGAUGUGAUCUUUCGUUGGGCAAAGUUCAUUCACCCAUGUAGUAAUGAACAAAAGCAGAUAUUUGUGCGGAAUUUUGCUUAGUAAGCCAGAACAGCAAGCAACUAAAUUUACCUGUAAUUUGUUUUAUGUUUAACAAGAUUAACGUGGAUUACGAGUUACCAUGCCCAUUGUACACUGAGUACGUAAAAUCCAUGCUGUACAUCUUUAUAUUUAAUUGCAUUGUCUCAGUAUUGGACUCAAUAGUUUAUAACAUAAACAAAACUCAUUUAGAAUGUAAAACCAUAAAUCAGAUGAACCUCAGAAGUUCUGUACAAAAUAACUCUUUUAGGUAGGUCAAGCUGUCUAUGCAAAUAUUCACACUACUGUUGGCCAUGGAGCUCAGGAAAAAAAACCCAUAUACUUCAAGGGAAACAAGGGAUUCUAGUGAAUGCAGGAUGUUUACAGUGAGCGUCAAUGCCUCACAGUUCCUAACCUCACUUUUGUAAAGAUCUGCUCUUCAAUAUAUUUUUAUUGGCCCUCCAAUGAAAUUUUUUUGUAACCAGAUCAUUUUGCUACAUGAUGUUUGCAUUAAACUAUAUUAACAAAUAUUUUAGGUAACCGUGGUUAAGGCUCUGUUUUUACCCAAAGUAUUCAGCUAGACUAGAGUAAAGCAUAGUGAAGUAUUGUCAGCUCAGAAACUGUAUAAAAUAAUAGAUCUGUCAGCAUAUCCAAGAGCAUUGAAGUGUAAAUGACAAUUCAUCCUGCUAUUUCAUCAAAUGCAGGAAUACAUAAUACAUUUGUGCUGUCAUCUAACAAUAAUUUCUACGAGUUUCUUGGGCAGGAGAAGGCAUCAUUGAAGCCUUUGUCUGUUUUUAAAAAUUAAAAGUAGAAUUGGAAAUGCUUCAUGUGGUAAAAUGACAAUGUAUAAUAGAGAACUAUGGAAGAAUAUUUCUAAGAACGCAGUGCAUUUAAGGGUUAAAACCAUUCUACCUUGCAGUUUCAGUUACUACAUUGGUUUUAUUUCUGUUGAUGGAGAUUUCCAGAGCUACGUAAUCUAUGAAGUUUAUAGACUCCUAAUUUGACAGAAUCUACAGUGCCUCAGGUUUAGGUUUAUUGGACACAUAGUGCACUUACAUCAGAUAAUUCCUAACAAUGAGAGAGCUCAAAUAGAUUAAAAACUUUGCAUCAGUUAGACUUUUCUGUUACUUUUCUUAGGUUGUUUAACUAAUGCCUGUUAAUUUUGGACAGUAUUUUAUAGUUAGACAAUUUGGAAAAUACUCCAAAGAAAUGUGAAAGGACGUCUUUUCUGCAGCACUUAAAAAUUUCAAGCAUGCAAAUGCUGCAAAGUUUAAAACUUGAUGAACCAUUUUGAAGUUUGCUGUUCAGAUUUAGUCUUCUACCUUGUUUUGUUAUGCAUAUUUAUUACAAUUAUCUUUGUGAAAUAUUGAAAAUUAUAUACUAUAGCAUAGCAUUUGUUCUUGUAUGUAAUUUACAAAAUGUUUCCUUAUGCAGCAAAUAAACUAUUUCCAUUUUUUCA